AUGUCGAGCUUGGAGAUCAGCUCCUCCUGCUUCAAUCAGGAGACGAAAUUGCCAUUAUCCCUCCCAUUAGUGGAGGGUAGUACUUUUGAGGCACCUGGAAAAGAUAUGAAUGAAGUUGAAGAGAAAUCUAAAGAUGUAAUAAAAUUCACACCUGAGAAACUUUCAGUAGAUGAAGCCUCACAGCUGGUGACUUCUCCACUCUGUGGCGCAAUAUCCCUGUUUGUAGGGACUACAAGGAAUAAUUUCGAAGGGAAAAAAGUCAUUAGCUUAGAGUAUGAAGCAUAUCUACCAAUGGCAGAAAAUGAGAUCAGAAAAAUUUGUAGUGACAUUAGACAGAAAUGGCCAGUCAAACACAUAGCAGUGUUUCAUCGACUUGGCUUGGUUCCAGUGACAGAAGCAAGCGUUAUCAUUGCUGUGUCCUCAGCCCAUAGGGCUGCAUCCCUUGAAGCUGUGAGCUAUGCCAUUGAUGCUUUAAAAGCCAGGGUGCCCAUAUGGAAAAAGGAAAUCUAUGAAGAAUCAUCAUCAUCUUGGAAAAGAAACAAAGAAUGCUUUUGGGCAACCAGUGAUUAA